AUGUUCGGAAUUUCCUCAGCAUCUGAGAUCUACCAAAGAGUAAUUGGACAAGUCAUUCAAGGUAUCAAAGGAGUAAGGAAUUUGUCUGAUGACAUUGUAGUCUACGGGACGGAUCAGGCGGAUCAUAACAAGAAACUUACGAAGGUGCUCGACAGACUAGCUGAGAAAGGGCUUACCCUAAACAGAGAAAAAUGCGAAUUCGGUCUGUCAAAAAUUGUGUUCCUCGGACAUGUGAUUUCAUCAGAGGGGGUUAAACCUGACCAGGAAAAGAUCAAAGCAGUAUCGGAGACCAGGACGCCGAGCAACAGUUCCGAAAUAAGGAGCUUCCUGGGGCUAGCAAACUACUGCGGCCGUUUUAUACCUAACUUCUCAACGAUAGCUGCCCCGUUACGAGAACUUACAAGAAAGAACACGCACUGGAGUUGGACGAAAAGACACCAGGAUGCGUUCGACAUGCUUAAAAGAGCGCUCGUAAGUGCCGAAGCACUAGCAUACUACAAUCCAAAAGCCGAGACAAGGAUAAUCGUGGAUGCGAGUCCCGUUGGACUUGGGGCCAUUCUAGCACAGAAACAACCGGACGGAUUGUUUAAACCAAUUGCAUAUUCAAGUCGAACUCUAACCGACGUUGAGCAAAGAUACUCGCAGACCGAGCGCGAGGCUUUAGGUGUCGUGUUUGGUUGUGAAAAGUUUCACAUGUAUAUAUACGGGCUGGAGUUCGAAAUCUGGACGGAUCAUAAGCCGUUGACUUACAUUUUCUCUCCAAAGUCGAAACCACCAGCUAGAAUCGAGCGAUGGAUGUUGCGACUUCAACCGUAUAAGUAUAAGAUUGCCUAUAUACCUGGACCAAAGAAUGCUGCUGAUGCUCUAUCCAGAUUGAGUCAGAAUCAGGCUUGCCGAAUACGCCACAUUGCAGACGAGUAUGCGCAUUUCAUUGCAGAUAAUGCUGUACCGAAAGCACUCACUAUUCAAGAAGUUCGUCAGAAAACGUCGGAGGACCGAGAACUCGUCGAGAUUAUGAGGAGGAUCAAAACAGGGCAUGGCCGUCUGGAUCCUAAAAUUCGUACUGUGGAAACGGAACUUUCAGUCGUCGACGGAAUAGUAUUACGUGGAUCGCGCAUCAUACUGCCUAAAUGCCUAAGGAAACAAACAAUACAGUUGGCCCACGAAGGACACCAGGGUAUUGUCCGCACGAAACAAAGAUUAAGAGAAAAAGUAUGGUGGCCAGGCAUAGAUACAGAAGCCGAGCGAUUUGUUAGAACAUGUCAACAAUGCCAACUUUUGUCGAACAACAAUAGGCCCGAACCAGUUCGAACAACGGUAUUACCCGACGGGCCAUGGCAGGAUCUGGCUAUAGAUCUUAUGGGACCGUUUCCUUCUGGGGAGUAUCUACUAGUCGUUAUAGACUAUUUCUCCCGAUUUCAGGAAGUAGCCAUUAUGAAAAAGAUAACCAGUGAGAAGAUCAUUCUUCAACUUGAGAGUAUGUUCGCGAGGCACGGCUUACCUUACAGUAUGCGAAGCGACAACGGACCACAGUUUGUGUCAGAGGAAUUUAAGGGAUACCUGAAUUCAAAUGGUAUCAAACACAUUCGGACUACACCAUACUGGCCACAAGGAAAUGGGGAGGUAGAAAGGCAAAACCGAACACUACUCAAAGCCAUUAAAGCUGCAAACGCAGAAGGCAAGGAUUGGAGACAAGAGCUACCCAAGUUUUUACUUGCGUACCGUGCGACCCCACAUUCUACAACCGGAAAAAGCCCUGCAGAGUUAUUAUACAAUCGGAAAAUUCAUACCAAGUUACCAGAGAUCAGUGCAAGAAUCGAUCACAAAGAAGUAAGAGAAACGGACGCAAGACGGAAAGAGGAUUUUAAAAUAAGAGCGGAUGAGAAGCGCCGCGCCAUACCGUGUGAAAUUGAGAUCGGUGACACUGUUGUACAACGUCAGCCAAAGCGCGAUAAGUUGUCAACCGAGUUCGCUCCUGAGAAGUUCAUCGUGAGGGAGAAAUGCAAAAAUGCAGCGACUCUCGAGGAUGAAAAUGGAUCGUUGAUUAAGCGAAACUGCACGGCUAUAAAGAAAUUUAUAUCGAGCGACGAAAACGAAACGUUAUCGCAUGACCCCGAAAUUAGCGCAGACGAUACAGGAGACGAGUUGGAUAAAGACCGUUCUGUCACAGAUACCGGAAGACCAACCCGGGAACGUAAACCACCCGCCUAUCUAAAAGACUAUGUGACCACCUGA